UCAGAUGCCACUGACGGUAAGUCUGUCGCCGUUGGAGGAAAGCUGACUGGAACGCCGGAAAGGUCAGUUCACAUCGAUGAGACGAGAUUCGCAGAACACAUUAUUGAUGGUGUUGUAGACGGAGAUGAUCCUGCUGAAGACGAUGGUGGUCCACAACGGGAUUAUCGGAGCCACGACUCACGCGUUGAUGGUGUCUGCGUCCAUUCAAGUGGUAUUCAGCAACACUGGUUCCGAUUAUUCAACAGACUUGCCUGUCGGAGCAGGUCUGAUGCGUGGCAAUAG